AUGGCAGAACUAUAUGACAAGCCUGGCAAGGCUGGCAAGGCUGCCGAGCUGGGUGCCGACAUGUCCGACGUCGUCGUGGACGAAAAGUCGCCCGGCGUGCGCCGCAUCGAAGCCAUUUCGUCUUGCUUCACCUCGUGGCACAAGUGGACGCUCUUCCUCUCCAUCUUCUUUGUUGCCUACGCGUACGGCCUCGACGGCACAUUACGCUACUUUUACCAGAACUACGCUACGGCUGAAUGGAACAACCAGGCGCUCAUUUCCACGCUGAAUGUCAUCCGCGCUGUCGUCGCUGCCGCCGUGCAGCCGGCCUACGCCAAGAUUUCCGACUAUUUUGGGCGUGUCUCAGUCCUCUUCCUCUCCGUCAUCUUCUACCUUGUCGGUACGAUUGUCAUGGCCGCCGCGAAGAAUAUGGAGACGUUCGCGGGCGGUACGAUCAUCUACCAGUUUGGCUUCUCCGGCCUGAUGAUCCUCGUCGAGAUCUUGAUUGCCGACACGACAUCCCUCCGCAACCGUCUCUUCUUCUCUUACAUCCCCGCCAUGCCAUUCAUCAUCAACGCAUGGGUCUCGGGCCACAUUGUCGAGGCCGUGAUGGGGAGCACUACCUGGCAGUGGGGUAUCGGGAUGUGGGCCAUCAUCCUCCCCGCCCUCACGAUCCCACUGUUCUACUCGCUCAUUUCGGCCGAGCGCCGUGCCUACAAGCAGGGUCUUCUGGAUGACGUUCCCAACCCAUACAGGCAUAUCCUGAGUGUGCGCCUGUGGCGCGAGUUCUUCGUCCAGUCCGACAUUAUCGGUCUCUUCUUUCUCGCCGCCACUAUUUCCUUGAUCCUCGUGCCACUCACCCUCGCCGGCGGCAUCACGGACUCGUGGCGCACAGCCCGCACCAUCACCCCGCUCGUGGUGGGCGCUGUUGUCGCGUUCCCCUGUUUUAUUAUUUGGGAGGCCAAAUUCGCCUCGCACCCGCUCAUGCCCUUCCACGUGUUCCGAAAGCUUCCAGUCCUCUGCGGCUUUGGCAUCGCCCUCAUGCUCAACACGGCUUGGUACACCCAAGGCGACUACCUGUACACGACACUCCAAGUCGCCUUCGGAAAGGACAUUAAGACGUCGACCUACGUCACAAACAUCUACUCGUUCACCUCGACAAUUGUUGGCAUCAUCCUUGGUCUGACGGUCCGCCACGUGCGCCGCCUUAAGCCCUUUGUAAUCGCCGGAAGUCUCCUAUUCGUCCUCGCUUUCGGCCUGCUCAUCCGCUACCGCGGCGGCCACUCCAUGUCCGACUUUGCUGGCCUCGUCGGUGCUGAAGUCGUGCUUGGCAUUGCGGGCGGUUUCGUUCCCUACACAACCCAAGCAUCAAUGCAAGCCGAGGUGAGCCACGAACGGACCGCCACCAUCACGUCGCUAUACUACAGCUCGUACAACAUCGGCAGCGGAAUUGGCAACACGAUCGCAGGCGCAAUCUGGACCAACACCAUGCCCAAGCACCUCCGUUCCAACCUCGAACGCGCCGGCGUGGCAAACGCAACUGCCAUUGCGACUGACGUGUACGGAGACCCGUUCACUUGGAUCCUAACCAACGCGCCCGGAACACCGGCACGCGAGGCGGUAGACAUUGCGUACCGUGAGGUCCAGCGGUUCCUUACCAUUGCGGGUAUUAGCAUCUCAUGCCUCCUUGUCCUGUUCUCUCUGGGCCUUAGCGACCACCGCCUCACGGAUAAGCAGUCGCUCGAUAAUGCCGAGGGCGACUCGGUGACUGUGUCUGAUGGCGACGCGCGACAGGCUGAGGAGGAGGAGGGGCGUGGAGUCUAA